UGCGGACGAUGGUGAUAGCUACAAUUUGGGCGCGUUCGAUCAAACGAACGGUCCGUGGCCGAUCCGGCAACCGUUGCCACUGCCCAAGUGGUCCAGUCGGCCGGUCACACCGUUCGUGGUGGACAAGCUGUGGCAGUACGAGGACCUGAUCGGUCUGAUCGAAACCAAGCUUCAGCGUAUGCUCGAGGAGACGCACUACAACACGGCAAACAAUUUUGUGGAUUUUUACAGGGCCUACCGGGCCGCUCACCGUCACGGCCGCGGUGAGCUGAAGACACACUUCCAGCACUAUACCAUCCCGAUCAACCGUCGGCACCAUAUGUGUGUCAGCUUGGGAAUGGAAAUAGUCUCAAGAAUCGCAGAACAUCAUCCGGACAUUGCACGUCUGUUCUAUCUGGUAUCGUGCGAAGAAGCGUUAGACGAGUCGGAUUCGUACAUUCAACACUGUGAGGAGAAUGGUAUCGAGUAUGCCGGGUCCACCCUGGAGAAGGAGCAUGCAAUGGUAGCGAUGAAGAUCUUGGUCGGAGGACGCGAAGGUGUGCUUAUCCUCGAUCCAGGCUACCAUGUGGCGCGUGCCGUCACUGUCAUGAAGGACCAGAAGUACCCUCACACCGGGUGGUUCACACAGUCGGACGAACCGCACUGCAAGCGCGAGUACAGCUACGCACUGCACGACGAGAGCAGUGACUACAUCACCUGGACAGAACGUAUGACUCGCGGUGGAAAGCAACAGUACGAAGAAUCGCUAGUGUACAUCGCACGCUCCUACCGUACGGCAAUCGAUGUUACCGUGCGUCGUAACUUGGUGUACAACUUCCGGUCACUACUGUCCCGCGACGCAAAAGGACGCGUCUGUGCCGGACUGUACUUCCCAGUUGUACCCAAUCCACACGAUGCGCAUGUGACACUGUUCUACGACAAUGCUAACGCUUCACAGGUGAAACAGAAGUUUAUGUUCGCCUUGUUCAAAGAUCCGGAAAAGAUUCCUGACCCGGUACUGGCCCAUCUUGAAAAUUUGGCCCCACAAUUGCGCAUGAAGCUUGGUGACCUGAUCGACCUGAUGGUGGAUCUUGCCGAGUCGGUACACGACAUCGAAUUCGUGCAGCAGGUGCUCGAGAUUAACAAUAACAUCAACGAGCUCUCGGCGGAUAAUUAA